GUCUGGGGCGUUCCGCUGGGGCAGCCCGGUUGUGUCCGGGUAAGAUGGCGUUGGAAGAGCAGUGCUCGGCACCACCUCGAUGGCGGUCCAUAUCUGUCACGCACGUUGAGUUCGCGGAAGAUGAUCUGACGGGAGAGGUGCUGGCCUACAUCAGUCUGCUACCUGUUUUCAUCCUCGUGGGAUUUGUCACACUCAUAGUGUUUAAACGGGAGCUGCACACGAUUUCCUUCUUUGGCGGGCUCAUAUUGAACGAUGGCGUGAACUGGGUGCUGAAGAACAUUCUCAGAGAGCCGCGCCCAUGUGCAGGAGCUCACACAACCGUACACAAUGAGUAUGGGAUGCCCUCCAAUCAUUCCCAACUCAUCUGGUUCUUUGUUGUUUACUUCUUUCUUUUCCUUUAUUUAAGAAUGCAUCAAACGAACAACGCCCGGUGUGUGGACCUGCUGUGGCGACACAUACUGUCCAUCAUCCUGCUGGGCAUGGCCUUAUCAGUCUCAUACAGCAGGGUCUACCUGCUGUAUCACACCUGGAGCCAGGUUUUCUACGGCGCAGUAGCUGGUAGUACCUUCGGCAUCAUCUGGUUCUUCUUCACGCAAGAGGUUCUGACACCUUUAUUCCCCAGAAUAGCUGCGUGGCCAAUAUCAGAGUACUUCCUGGUGCGAGACACAAGCCUGAUUCCCAACAUCUUAUGGUUUGAGUACACAGUGACCAGGUCAGAGGCACGAAACAGACAACGAAAGCUGGGAACAAAACUUCAGUGAUCUCCACAAAUCUUUUUUUUUUUUUUUUUUUUUUUUUUUUGUGAAACUGAGAUUAGGACCACACACAUACACACACAUUUUACAUUCUCGCACUUCCACACAAACACAUGCUCUGUCGACAAACAAAAAAGCAAAACAAUUUAAAAAAAAAACUAAACGAGAACAACAACACACUGGAGAACCACUUUGGGACUGACGCGAUUGCGAGGAGUAAAGGCCAGAACCCGUUCACAGGUGGCUAAAGAGUGCCUGGACCCGGCCCGGAGCCUGCAGCCUGAGCAAGUCCGUCCACACGCCUCUCCUUCUUGUACAGCUUGCCCAAAAAAAUGCUCUCCAAUGCAUGCAAGACUGUGCAAGAGGCAUACUAUUUAAUGAUAGAUUAAUAUAUACAUAUAUAUAUUUUAACUAUACACGCACGCUGACAGCAACGGUGUACUGUAAGAGAUUCGAGGAGCCGAGAAAAAAGGAGGCUUUGGUCAAACAAAUUUUGGUGGGCGUCAUUGCAGCAUGUCUUUAGUGAUUCCUUUUUUUAAAAAUUGAAAAUUAAAAAAAAAAAGAAAAAAAAAAAGAUGAUAGCUGGUGGGAUCGGGUGGUGUCGGGGGGGGUAGGUUAUGGUUUUGUUGGGGCUUAUGUGAAAUUAACAGAUUUUUCAUUGUUAUAUAAUAGAAGAUGAACAAUUUCUAAAAUUGGUUAUGGUGUAAUAUAAAUAAAAUUUGCACUUUGUGUAAUUUACAAGUAAAAGAAAAAAAAAACAGACUAACACUAGUUAAAUGUAAACAUCCUCCCCCCUCCCCCCCUCCUCCCAUCAGUCUUUUGCUUUGUGUCUCUGACUGUCAGUCCUAAUAUAUUAGACUCCAAAGCUGAUUUGCAAGCAACGUAAUUUUAAUGUACCUUCUGUACUAUUGAGCAUCGAGGUUGUGGUUUUUGUUCAUAUCCGCGUUCGAGGGGCGAUGAGACUGAAUCGCAGUCUUUCUUUUCUUUUCUUUUCUUUUUUUUUUUUUUAAUUGUUGAGCACACUUUGGACCGAGAAAGUGUUGUCUUAAAUGCCUCACACACAGUAGCAGCCUGGGAACAGACUUCUGGGAAUCAGUUUUUCUUUUUGUAAAAAAAAUAAAUAAAUAAAUAAACAAAAAAAAAAGAAAAUAAAAAAAAAAAUCAGUUUCUUAUCUUGUUCUCUGUCACGGCAGAGAAGCGUUUUUACUUGCUUUUCCAAAAUAACAUUCCAUAUCAUUUAGCGAGAAAACACAGUGACUGCUGAGGGGAAUCCGUUUUUCUUUGUUUUUGUAUUAUUUUUGAAGAAAGGUGAGAGAAAAUAAAAACAGCCUCAGGUCAGUCGUAGCAUGCGAUUAUGCUCAUUCCUCACAGCCUACGGCAGCUCGAGCUGAAAGCUGUCAAGUGAGGAUCUGAAGCUCAUUUUAAAAUUUAAAAAAAAAAAAAAAAAAAAAAAAA